AUGAGGCGCAGCGGAACGGCCCUCCCCUUCCUGCUGAGCGAGGUGCGGGAGCUCACGGAUUCCGCCUCAGCGCCCGUGAGCCCCCAAAGCACCAGGAUCAUCCGGAGACGCUUCUCGGGGACCCCGCUGCUGCCUCCCCUGUCCAGCCGCCUCGGGUCCCCCGGAGCAGACGCAGAAGCCAGCGCCCGUGUGGUAUUCACCAUCGAGACCCGUGGGGCAGAGCCCAGCCAGGGGCCAGCCUCGGGCAGGGGCCCCCCCGCGCCCACGGGCCCCAGCUCCCCCCGGGGGUCCCCGCGCGGCUCCCCCGGGCUCUUCAGGAAACUCCUGGUGAACCAGAGCAUUCGCCUGCAGCGGCGCUUCACCGUGGCCCAUCCGCUGUGCUUUGACCUGGAAAAUGGAUUUUCAUGCGGAAGAAGCUCACUCGACCCCCAGGUGGGCCCUGGCUUGGGUCGCGCAGCUCAAGCUCCGAGUCAGCACUGCCAACGGCGGGAAUCCUUCCUCUACCGAUCAGACAGCGACUUCGAGCUCUCUCCCAAGGCCAUGUCCAGGAAUUCCUCCGUGGCCAGUGACCUUCAUGGAGAAGACAUGAUCGUGACACCCUUCGCCCAGGUCCUGGCCAGUCUGCGGACUGUUCGGAGCAAUGUGACUGCCCUGGCCCACCUGCCAGGCAGAGGGGCAGCCAGGCAGGCAUCCGUGGGGAACCCCUUGACUACAGCUCAGCCUCCCGCACCUCCAGAGGAGCCUGGUCACAAGCUGGCAUGGGAGACUCUAGAGGAGCUGGACUGGUGCCUGGAGCAGCUUGAGAGCCUGCAGACACAGCACUCGGUGGGCGAGAUGGCCUCCAACAAGUUCAAGCGGAUGCUGAGCCGAGAGUUGACACACCUGUCGGAAACCAGCCGCUCCGGGAACCAGGUGUCGGAGUACAUAGCCCGGACCUUCCUGGACCAGCAGACUGAGAUGGACUUGCCCCUGGUGGCCCAAGCAGAGGCCCCUAGACCCAUGUCCCAGAUCAGUGUCCUGCGUCGAUCCCCGCCCCAGGCCAGCUUCUCUGCAGCUGCUGUGCCACGCUUUGGGGUCCAGACUGACCAGGAGGAGCAGUUGGCAAAGGUGCUGGAAGGCGUCCACAAGUGGGGGCUGGAUGUGUUCAAGGUGGCGGAGCUGAGUGGGGGCCGGCCCCUCACGGCUGUCAUUUUCAGCAUCUUCCAGGGCAGGGACCUGCUGAAGACGUUCCAGAUCCCCCCCGACACACUGGUGACCUACUUGCUAACCCUGGAGAGUCACUACCGCCAGGACGUGGCCUACCACAACAGUACGCAUGCGGCUGACGUGGCCCAGUCCGCACAUGUCCUGCUGGCCACACCGGCCCUGGAGGCCGUGUUCACAGACCUGGAGAUAAUGGCCGCCAUCUUCGCCAGUGCCAUCCACGACGUGGACCACCCCGGGGUCUCCAACCAGUUUCUCAUUAACACCAACUCAGAGCUGGCACUCAUGUAUAAUGAUUCGUCGGUGCUGGAGAACCACCACCUGGCCGUGGGCUUCAAGCUCCUUCAGGGAGAGAACUGUGACAUUUUCCAGAACCUCAGCACCAAGCAGCGGCUGACUCUGCGCAGGAUGGUCAUCGAUAUGGUGCUGGCCACUGACAUGUCCAAGCACAUGAAUCUCCUGGCCGACCUCAAGACCAUGGUGGAGACUAAGAAGGUGACGAGCCUGGGGGUGCUGAUGCUAGACCACUACUCAGACCGUAUCCAGGUCUUGCAGAGCCUGGUGCACUGCGCCGACCUCAGCAACCCCACGAAGCCGCUGGAGCUGUACCGCCAGUGGACAGAGCGCAUCAUGGCUGAGUUCUUCCAGCAGGGCGACCGCGAGCGCGACGCGGGGCUGGACGUCAGCCCCAUGUGCGACAAACACAGCGCCUCGGUGGAGAAAUCUCAGGUGGGUUUCAUCGACUACAUCGCUCACCCCCUGUGGGAGACGUGGGCUGAUCUGGUCCACCCAGAUGCCCAGGACCUGCUGGACAUGCUGGAAGACAACCGCGAGUGGUACCAGAGCAAGAUCCCCCGCAGCCCCAUGGACACCAGCAGCCCUGAGCACGGGGGCCCCGACAGGUUCCAGUUUGAGUUGACUCUGGAGGAGGCCGAAGAGGAGGAGGAGGAGGAGGAAGGGGAGGAAGAGGGAAAAGAGGGAAUGUCAAACCAGGAGUCCUCGGGAUCACCCGGCCCUCGACUAUUGUCCCCAGAAGCCAGUCCAGACCCAGAGACCCUCCUCCUGGACACCCCAAGGACCAUGGGCCAGGCCUGUGUGGAUGUUGGGGACAGCGGGACGGCUCCACCCUGUGACUCCUAAUGGCCCUGCAGCCCUCAGACGUGCCCAGGCUGGUCUCAGGGUCCACUUUGAU